CCAACCUUUUUUUGCUUGCUCUGCCACCAGAGAGCAACCUUUCCAAUACACACGACAAAAAGAACACACACCACACCCCGUUUCACGAUGAUAUCGCGUGCCGCAAGCGGAUGCGCAUCGAGAGCCCUGCGGAGGACCGCUUCCACCGYYCACCGGAGUGCGAGGAUGGCUUCCACCCUGGUGAUUUCCGAGCCGCUCGAGGCCGACGGAUCCACGCCCGCGGGAACACAAUCGACCGUCACCGCCGCAGCCCGGUUGGGCGGGGGCAACGACAUCCACCUCUUGGUGGUCGGGGGAACGGCCCCGUCGAAGAUCCCCGCGGGGGUUUCCAAGGUCUUCCACGCGGCCAUCGACGACAAGCUGAGCGAGACGGUGGCCAGCGCCGUGCUGGAGGUAGCGGGCGCDGACAAGGAGUGCAGCGUGGUAGUGGGAACCCAGUCGAAGUUUGGCAGCACGGUGGUGCCGAGAGCGGCCGCCCUCCUGGAUGUUUCGCCGGUGACCGAUAUUUUGGAAAUCGAGGACGAGAGUGAGUAUCGGUCGCGCUGCGCUGCGUUGCGUUGUGUUGGGAWUAAGUGCAGAGAUCCAUCAGUAAACUGGCGCUGUGUUGCCGGUGGUUGGUGUGUAUGUUUUCGUGUGUGGGUGAUGGCACGGUGUGCAUGCUUGUCUGUUUUGUUUCGAAACUAAAGUCUUGCACAAGAUUCUAAUGGAAWAUGCGCUUUUCGUCGAAUGGAACRCCCCAAAACCCAAAAUUUGCUUCGGAACCAUCCAUAAAAGAAACCUUUGUYCGCCCUAUGUAUGCAGGCAACGUGUUGGGCAAGGUCGUCGUGAAGCCGGGACCGAACGGAAACGAUCGAAAGGUCUUGUCGAUUCGUCCCACCUGUUUCGACAAGGCGGAUCUAGUCGAUGCGUCUUCCGUCGAAGUUGAGAGCCUGGAGGUGGAAGCCUUUGGAAAGGCCGAGUGGGUCGGAGAGUCCGUUUCGCAAUCGGAUCGACCAGACUUGUCGAGUGCAACYACCGUUGUUAGCGGAGGAAGGGGGAUCAAGAGCGGGGAAAACUUUCCCAUCCUCGAAGCACUCGCAGACAAACUGGGGGUGAGUGUUGCUGCUUUGUUGUCGGGGAUGGACCCAACUSGAGUGGUUUGUUGAUUCAAGAUAUGAAUACGAUCAUGACGCAGAAUUCUGGAGAAACUGGCAGGGACAAGAUUGUGCUGUAGCGAGUGGYUUCUUUUYCCGCCUAACCUUUUUUGUCGUGUCUUGUGCUUCCUUUUYGUUUUGCCUGGUUUCUCGGUUGAUUCKCAAUCCAAUGAACGAACACGAAUCUCGCGGUGCAACACGCAACAGGCGGCCGUCGGUGCCUCCCGCGCGGCCGUGGAUGCCGGGUUCUGCCCCAACGACUGGCAGGUGGGGCAAACGGGUAAGGUGGUCGCACCGGACCUCUACAUUGCCGCCGGAAUCUCCGGUGCCAUCCAGCACCUGAGCGGAAUGAAGGAUUCCAAGGUGAUCGUGGCCAUCAACACGGACGCCGAGGCUCCCAUCUUCCAGGUGGCAGACUACGGGCUCCAGCAAGAUCUUUUCGAGGCGGUUCCGGAGCUGACCGAAAAACUCUAGCGUUCGCCGGCAUUCUGUCGAAGGAGGGACACAACACUGUCCUCAUCUAAUAAUUAGAGUUGCAAUUCAUAAUGGACGCCSAURCAAAAAACGAGCGAUUUUUGUUUCGAAGUACUGUACUUGUACUGCUAUGCGACAAUCGUUGUCGGAGAGAUGAUGUGUUGAUUAGUUAACAURUUGAUUAAUAAACAUAUUUUUCGGUU